AUGACUAACCAACUGCUCCAGAGGAAGCAGAUAGUCAUUGACAUGCUCCACCCUGGCAAGGCAACUGUGCCGAAGACAGAGAUUCGGGAAAAACUGGCCAAAAUGUACAAGACGACUCCCGACGUCAUCUUUGUGUGUGGAUUCAGAACUCAUGUUGGUGGUGGCGAGACAACGGGCUUUGGCAUGAUUUACGAUUCCUUGGAUUAUGCUAACAAAAAUGAACCCAAACACAGACUUACAAGACAUGGCCUGUAUGAGAAGAAAAAGACCUCAAGAAAGCAGUGAAAGGAGUGUAAGAACAGGAUGAAGAAGGUCAGGGGAACUGCCAAGGCCAACGUUGGUGCUGGCAAAAAGCCGAAGGAGUCAAGAUUUUGCAGUGAAUUUAUCUACAGUG